AUGGAUCAACAUCAAAAUUGUUUAGUUCAUGCAAAGUCUAUAGAGUAUAUAUGUUUGACAUGUACAUCUCUACUGUGUUCAAGAUGUGUUGUUUCACAACACAAUGGACAUCAACUUGAAGAUUUAGAUAGUUUAAUAUCAAAUUUCGAUAAUAAUAAUAAUAAUAAUAAUAAUAAUAACAAUAGUAAUAUAAUUAAUUAUAAAUAUAUGAAUGGUAGAUUAAAUGAUUUAUGGAGAUUACUUAAACAACAAGUAGAUUGUCAUCGUAGUUUAAUUGGUACAGAGCAAUCGAUUGUGGAUUUCUAUCAAUCAUUACAACAGUACAUACAGAAUGAACUUGAAAAGAGAACACAACCAAUCAAGAUGCAGAUUGAAAAGACACAGCAAACUGUAAUCUCACUACUCAACGAAAUAAAAUCAAUAGAUAAUAUCAUUAGAUCAUUUUCAAUGGAAUGUAAUAUAGAUAGUCUAUCUUUAUCUGAUAAAUAUACAUCAUCAUCAUCAUCAUCAUCAUCUUUUUAUAAUAAUAAUAAUAAUAAUAAUAAUAAUAAUAAUAAUAAUAAUAAUAAUAGUUAUAUAAAUAAUAAAGUAAUAGAUUUACAAUCAAUUAUAAAUAGUAUUAAUAGUAUAAAUAAUAUAAAUGAUUUUAUAAAUGUUUUUAAAACAUCUUUAUUUACAAAUAGCAAUAGUAAUAUUAGUAAUAAUAAUAGUAAUGAUAGUUUAUUUUCUAAUCAAAAUGGUAAAUCAUUGGGUAUUAUAUAUCAAUAUCUUACAAUGUAUAAGAAUUUUAAAUAUGAUUAUCCAUUUGGUUAUCAAGUACAUUUCAAUCUCAAUAUUGUCAAUGAUCUAAAGAAUAUGCUUGCUUUCUGUUUUGAUUUGGUGCGUGAGAGUAAUGAUCACAGCUAUAGCUAUACUUCAAAUAGUAUUGUUGGUAUUUCUGAUACGACAGCGGUAAACAACAAUCUACAUAUGAGUACUACUCAGCAACCUCAUCCUAGAGUAGGGAUCUUUUCAUUUGGAAUUGAUGAUGGUAGAUCCGUUGCCUAUAUCUAUGAUAUAUUCAACAACAGCACUUCGCUAGAUUGCUGGGCGUAA